AUGAGCACCGUUGCACCGACACAGCCUCGCGUCCUGCCGGCGCCGAUAGGCAUCCCCGCAGGGCGCGCAAGAGCACCCAGCUGCACCCGACCACCGCUGGCGUCCUCACCUACCCACACCCCGUUCAGCGUCACCCCGCUCGGCACGCCUGUUAGUGCAGCACGCGCGUACAGCCCCCCACCUCACUCUUCCAUCAUCACUAUUCCUACCACAGGCAGCUCGCCCAAAACCUUGCCGCCGUCAUCCCCCAUCCUGUCCUCAUCUCCUCCCAGCCCAAAAGUCGCCACCCCGUCUUCCCCCGUGUCGCCGUCGUCGCCCAAAGACAAAGAGAAGAAGAAACUUCACAAGCCAUGGGCGCGGAUGGGCGCCUUGUUCGACAUGGACUCGAUGCUUGGUGCUCUCGACCCGAACCGCAUGGCAGUCGCCAGCGCUCCCGAGCCUAUCAAGGCGUGCAUCUUUGGCGCCGAGACCGAAACCGGUCUGGCGGUCUGCCGUGCCCUCUUGCACGCGAGGAAUUACACCAUCACCGCGCUCAUGGUCGAUGACAAGACACCGGCUACAGAAGAGCUCCUGGCCCAGGGAGUCAAGGUCGUCCAGGUCGAUAUGGACAGCCCCGUUUCGUAUGCGCGGUACCUAGCGGGCUCAAAGGCAGUCUAUCUCUCGUCUAAUGUCCUUGCGCUCCACGCCAUCCUCCAACACCAGCACGAGCCCAAGCGCACUGAAAUCGCACGCGCCGCGGACCGCUGCCAACUAGGCAAGGCCGUGCGUGCUUGCUCCCGCGCAAAGGUCGGCCAUGUCAUCUUCCGCGUCAACGCGUGCGGUCAUGAAGUUGUGGAAAACGUCCUUGGAAAGACCAAAGUCGUCAUGGAGGCCCCCGAGGACCUCGACACCCUCGGUAUCCAGCACACGGUGCUGCACACGACUGUCCCGUACAACCGCAUCACCGAGUGGCUGGACGACGGGCCCAACGGUCUUCGCCUCAACGUUCCUGUGCCCGACGACGUCUUGAUCCCCAUGUUCGCCAUCGAGCAGACGGGCGACUAUGUCCUGGCGGCACUGCGCAACCCCAAGCGCUGGUGCGGCCAAGAAAUGCACGCCAUCGCCGAAGUCAUGACCCCGUACCAAAUUGCGCAGCGGCUGAGCAAGGUCGCUCGCCGUCCAGUUGACACCACGCACCCGACACGCGAAGAGUUCGACUCGUUCGAGUCGCACGAGAAGCUGGCGUGUAGGUGGGACGCUUGGGCGCAGCUCGUCAACCACGAGUAUGUCCCCGACAUCCUGGUCAAGGCAUCCAAGCAAGACGUCCCGAACGAGUGGAGCUUUGACGCCUGGCUCAAGGAGGACAUGAAGAUCCACCAGCGUCUCAAGUUCUAG